AUGUCUGCUGCUGAUAUUGCAAAGCUCUUGCCGCCAUCGCUGCUGCUACCUGCACAUCUUUCAGCCCAUAAGUAUUUCUUUGUUUGCACUUUGACAGUUGCAGCAUGGGAUACACUCGUCCUCAGUCCUCGCACGUGGCGACUUAUGAAGACCAAGGCAAGUUGGCAUAUUGUCAUUUCUGCCGCCAUAUUCUCACCUACUGCUCAACAGGAAUGGCCCCCGCUAAAGAUCUUGUACCAUUUGCUGCGAUAUAUAAUGCCCAUAGAGUUUACCAUAGUCGCGGUUGCAUUCUUCGAUACCAAAUGGCCAUUUGAAAGGUGCCAGAACUUCUAUCUUUUCGAGCCCAUUGUCACCAUGUGCCUCGUCUCGCUCUGCUCAGUUGUUGCCCUCAUUCGUCUCCAUGCGAUCUUCGACCAUUCCAAGGCUGUAUUGGGUGGACUGGGAAUGCUUCUAAUCCUCCAAGUUGGUGUGAUGGCAGCAUGCUGUGCCUUCUAUCGACCCAUGCCACUCAAGGAAGGCCAAGGUUGCAUCGCUGGACCAACAGCUAAUUGGGUCGGGAUCUAUUGGCUGGCGCCCACUAUUUUCUGGUCUACCGCGUUCGGCUUGGCGCUACUCCGCUCGAUCCAGUCGUUGCAGACUAAACCUCUUGGGCCAUGGAAACUCAUGCUCCGUGACGGCCUCAACCUCUAUGGCGCCAUCUGGCUUGUCAACAUGAUCAACAUGCUUUUCUGGUUUAUCGUUCAGCCGCUCGAUAAUGCCGAUACAAUCAAGACCAUUGUUACAUCCAUGACCGCCGUCCUCACUGUCACUAUGACUCUGCGCAUUAUUCUCUCUGUCCGUGGCUCACUUCAGUCUGGUGGAGCCUACUCGGGCACAACCUCUUCUAGCGCAUCUCGCUCUCACCCAUCCAACAGCGGUGCGCUCCCAGGUUCUAACUCGGGUCCCCAUAUCAUCUCAACUCGAGCAACUCACCCGGUCGUCAACAUCCAAACUGAGCGUCACCACACUGUUUCCGGAGGACACCAGCACACUAAGAGUGGCGGAGGCGUAGGGACUGGUCGUCAGACUUACACUCUCGAUGGAAUGCACUCGCGCUCAGAGCGGGACUGGCAGGAUGAUAACGCGAGCAACGUUAGCGGCGUCGAUGCCAAGGGAGGUGAUAUUGGCGAGUACGGAGUCACAGAGGACAAGUCUCGUGCUUUGGCUAGCGAGGAGGAUGUUGCUGCUGCCCGUGCCCAGUCGACUGUGAGGGUGAUGGUUGACCGAGAGGUUGACGAACGAAGGGAGUGA